AUGCAACGAACCCCAAAACCUUGCGAUACGUUACCGCAAAUUCAACAUCUGGCUCUUGUAGAUGCUGCCGUCAACGCUGCUGGUAACGGCGCUAGAUCUUGCCAAUACAACGAGGCAUUUCUUAUGAUAAUGGAUAAUGGCGUAGAGGUUCUAGCAAAAAUUCCAAAUCCGAACGCCGGUCCAGCAUUCUAUACCACUGCCUCUGAGGUCGCUACGCGGCAUUUUAUUUGGAAAGGAAAGGUCUGGGAAGGCGAAAGAGCUACGAUGGAUUUAGAUCGAGGUCUACGGAGCACUCCUCUGUCCUACAUGGUAGCCACAGGAAGUAACGAGAUACAAUGGGCGAAGGCGUACGCAGAGCCUCUGAUUAACAAUUACAGAUCUAUUGAAACGCCCGACUCUCCAAAUGACUACAUUUCACUAUUGAAUCGAUACCUUCAACUCGCGCCCCAUCUAUCGCCCGGUCCAUUCCGAACAUUGCUCUCGCAUCCAGACAUAGAGAAAAUAACUUGCAUCAUUGACUGGCAGUCGGUCUCGGUAUCUGAGCCUUUCUUUCAGCACAGUAUCCCGCGUAUGCUUCUUCCGGUCCGACCUCACUUCUCGAGUGAACAGUUGGAGGCUGCGUCAGAAGAGUCCAAUGAAAAGGAAGACUCAAAUGGGACUACGGAUCUAGUCAGCUAUUAUCAAAACCUUACUACUCGAUGGAAGGAAAUCGCAACAGCGGUGAUGCCUUGUCCCAUACAAUUUACGGAGCACAAACUAGAGCUUCACAACGAUGAAUUGGAGCUUCUGGAAGGUCUUGGGGAGGUCCUACACCAACUUCGUAAUGAUAACCUAAUCCCACCGGGCGGUAUGGUUCUUCGAGAAAGUUUCGAGCAGGCUUUGUGUAUCAACAAUAAUGUUAGGGAGAUGUUUGUCGAUAUGGUUGAAUCCGAGUCGCAGAAGGUUCUCUACUCACAAAUAUGGCCCUAUCAAGACUGA